GGAGCUGGACGGUACAACCGGUCGGACGGUCGGCAUCUCAGUACACAUGUCCCAGGAACGUCUGACACCUGUCGUGUCCGAACCCGCCGCCUUUUGUCCUCCGAUCACCUUUGGCGGAAAAAUCGCCUAUAAAAUCCUAUCCCGACAAGCGCACCAGUCAUACCUCUGUAGGUUUCCACAGAGAGCACAUCGACUGACUUGCCGCAGACUUCAACACGAACGUGACGAUAUGGAGAGAACAGACAGCCUUCCCCGCAGCGCUUCCUACUCCGGGUCCAGAGCCGAGUGGAUCGCCAAGAGGGCCGACGACUUCGACGCCAAGGCACGGUCGUUCCUGUGCGGGCGGUGCGGCCAUCAGGCGGCCUGGGUCUGCCUGGACCCCGUCUGUGUGUCCUACAACCGCGAGAGAGUCUUGUGCCUGUGCGACAACUGCGACAAGCUCUUCCAUCCGCCCACCAGCCCCGUCAUGCACAGCCACCGCCGUCUGGGAGUCGCCCUGUACGUCUCCAUGCUGAUGCUGCACCGCUACCAGAAGGUCAUCGGGGUCAUGAUGACGAGGUCUCCGAACCACAGCCGUCCGUCCACGCCCGUCUCCACCGACGAGAGUGAAAUCACCUCAUCGCAGUCACCGACAGCCUCCCGCCAGACCAGACCAGCUCGGUCCCCCGCCAGACCUUCGUCCUCCUCCCCGGUGUCUUCCCGCCCGGCCAGUCCCGACAGUACGGUGAACAUCAGGAAGAGACGGCGGUCUGGAGACGACACAUCUGAAGCCACCGCCAAGGUCAGCCGAACCGACACCGACCGGUCGGGACACUUCUGUCUAGCCGCCGACCUGAGACCCAUCCACGACUCGUACGGACGCAUCCUAGACCGACUGAGGCAGGACCGCUCGCUGUCCGUCUCUGAGGGCUGCAGACACGAACCCUUCGGCAAGCUGACCCUCAGAAACUACGCCGCCAUCGCCGAGCUGAGAAUUGUGGACUCGGACUUGUACACCUCCGCACUGCACAGCUACAUCCGGCGGGGAGACGGGAGCGGCACGCUGUCGGGGUUCGAGCGGGAGUGUCGUCAGGUGCUGUCCGGGCAUGUCCGACAGGUGUCCGUCAUGAGGGAGCGGAGAGAACUCUUGCCACGUUUCGACAAUUCCUCUUAGACAUUGUAACAUUGAUUUUUUGUAAUAUGUCACAUUGUAUGUAGAAAUGCUUUGUAUGUUCUAAAUUCGACUGCUGCCUACCAACGUUAGCAGAAAGUAAUUUGUUAAAAACUUGUAUUUAAAUGAUAUUUUUCAACAUCGUCUGUUAUAACAAAAGUCGGGACGAAAAUGUGUAGAAGUGAUCUCGGCUCAAAUAACAUGGCAAUAAUGAAGAUUUCAAUACCUUCCUUACGUGAAAUUCGUGUUUUCAAACACAUACAUUGCAACGUAUGAAGGGGAACCUUUUCUGUUACUAGAACAUGUACCAUGAACACUUACAGCCCAUAAUUGUUUGUUCUCCUUCACAUGUUUUGUCAUUGUCAGAAUAAAACAAUUGACAGUUGAUAUUCUUUUGUGCUUGCUUCUGUUGUGAUCAAAUGAUAUAAUUGUUUGGUGCCUAGGCCAUAUAUGGAAAGUACCAAAAUAGUUAACUCAACUAUAACAACAGUAAUCAUCAUAUCAUAUAUCAGCUUCUGAAUGAAUUUUAUUAUCAUUUCAAAAUUAGAUUAAAACGUCACAUAGAAGGUGUAACACAGCCUGACUACAUAUCGCUCCCAGUUAGUCCCUGGCAGCAGGAGAUUGUGUAACACAAGCAAGUAGUAACCAAUGACAUUCACUACAUAGGUUGACCUUUUAAUAAGUAUGCUAUCUUACAGCAGUUUCAUUGUAAAUUUUCAACAGAGGUUGCCCAUUCCUGGGAAGGGGAAACAGUAGAUCUGUUCAUGCUGUCAUUUUGGCUCAUAUACACAAGGCAAGCAAAACUUUCCUGUAACAAUAUUCAUUUGAAUUGACACAACUCUAAAAUUGUCUGUACAAGAUGUAGCUGGUAACAUGUCUUAAAGAAACAUCAUUAUAAUUGCUAUAUAUACUGCUAUCCAAUGGAGUAAUCAACCUGACAGUUUAUAGUCACAGAAGAUGCAGAAUUAAUACUCAAUGGAAGAAGGCUACAUAACAUGAAUCAAGGCACAUGCUAAUUGGUAUUUCAUAAACAUUAUACAUUCACAGACUCACAAGUGUGGAUGGCAUGAGGGUGACCACACUGUUAGUAGCUUGCUUCACAGCCUUCCAUGAGUGCUGGCUGUUAUUGUUAGGGGAGCGCUGAUUCUCGAUUUUCAACAUACCGGCCAGGGUCUUGUGCUGGGAAGGUUUUGUUUGCACCCACUAUUCAGUACUCCCCCUACAAUAAUUGACAGCAAACAUGGGUGGCCGCAAAGGAGGUUACCAUUGGAUGGAAACUAAGAAUUGUGUACCAGUAAGAAAAAGUGUAAUCCUUUUGAAAUGAUGUUUUGAAAGUUACUUGACACGUUGGCCAUUCUCAACCCUUAGAAAAAAAUAAAUGUAGCACGCUGUAGUAUGAGUUGGCAGCCAGAUGAUUUCAGCAUCAAUAAUUGGGUAUGCCUGAUGGGCAUUUUCCUAUGAGAAAAACAUGAUGAACAUGCAUACUGAGAAUUCAACAUGAUAAUCCUUCUCCCUGAUAAUGUACUAGUGUCUACAAAAAAACAUUGGCAAUCUUACAUGUGCUGUUGGGUUUUGGUUACAUAUCAAAGUCUGGGUAUUGUACAGUUGUACUGGCAAUGGCAUGGAGUUAGUUCUCAUUAGUGGAUGAAUGCAAGGUGGGAAAUUUUAUUGCUUUACUUCAUCACUAUGUGACACAUUACACUUAGAUGAAGAAAAAACACCAAUUUUGAAUACAGACAAUGCUAUCUACACAGUAGUAAGAGAGAGCUGAAAAUUUCUCAUGUAACAGCCUCAUGUUUUGUAAUUGAUAAAAGUAAACAAGGUUAGUGUCUGUAAUUUCCAACGUAUUGGUUGAGGGAACAUCGAGCCUCUACAAAUAGUAGAGUCUAUCUUCAAAGGUCAUUAUGAAAACAACUUAAAGAUAUCAAUUGCAGAGUCUACAUUUUGGAGAAAGCAUGGUCAAGCAUAAGGCUUUUUCUUUUUUUAGAUUAUCCCUAUACAUUUCAUGUUGUAAAGCUGAAGCUCAUUUCUACAAAGAAAUUUGCAGGUAGAAGAAGAAUUCUUCACGGCUUCCUCUCCCUUCAUUUCCAGCCCUAAAUGAGAGUACCCUUCCACUGUAUAUUGUUUGUGACUUGUUCCUAUGCACUGGGAGCCUUCCUAUUAUGGAAAGUGCAUGGCAGAGUAGAACAAGAUCCAGGUUACC